GGCUUAGCUUUUGAGUAGUGCAACAAAUCACAAGAAGUUAACAAGAAAGAGGAAACAACAAUGGCUUCCUCCAUAGUGCCAUCAGCAACCAUUGCCUUCAUGAACCGUGCUAGACCAGCUCAGGCUUCCAUGGUUGCACCAUUCACUGGCCUUAAACCUUCCUCAGCUUUCCCAGUCACCCGCAAGCUCAACAAUGGCAUUACUUCCCUCCCUAGCAAUGGUGGCAAAGUCCAAUGCAUGCAGGUGUGGCCACCAAUUGGAAAGAAGAAGUUUGAGACACUCUCAUAUCUCCCACCUCUAUCUCCGGAGUCACUGGCAAAGGAAGUUGAUUAUCUUCUUCGCAUGGGAUGGGUUCCUUGUUUGGAAUUUGAGUUGCUGCAUGGAUUCGUGUACCGUGAGAACCACAGAUCGCCAGGAUUCUACGAUGGGCGAUACUGGACAAUGUGGAAGCUGCCCAUGUUUGGAUGCACUGAUUCAUCACAAGUGUUGAAGGAGUUGGAGGAGGCCAAGAAGGCCUACCCCAAUUCAUUUAUCCGAAUUAUCGGAUUCGAUAACAAGAGACAAGUGCAAUGUAUCAGUUUCAUUGCCUACAAGCCUCCAGGAGUCUAAAUUUAGAAACUUGGCUGUCUGUGUUUGUUUUUGCCAGAUCUGUGGCAGUUGUUUGUAUUGUGAAAGAUGAAAGGGCCAUUUGUACAUAAAAGAGUAAACUAAUGAGAUCAUGUCCUUUCAUCAUCAUAUCCAUUUUUCUAUAGUUAUUUAUUUUCUCUC